CUGCCCUCAACAAACAUGGCCGCCGCCGCUUCGCCCCACCAACACGUGCUGCACACGGCGCUCCCGCGGGAAGCCGCUCUCGCGAGAGCGACCGGGGCGGCCAAGAUGGCGGACGGGGCGGGUAGCAACGGGGACGCCGCGGCGCUGCCGGUGGGGAAGGAGGCAGUGGAGCGGCUGAUACGGGAGAACGGGCACAUCUUCACCGAGGCGCAGUGCAAGGUGUGCAGCGCGCUGCUCAUCUCCGAGUCACAGCGACUGGCGCAUUACCAGAGCAAGAAACACGCCAACAAGGUGCGGAGGUAUCUCUCCAUCCACGGCGAAGAGGAGCUGGCACCUGGGAAGAAGAUGAAGCUGGACGCCAAGGAGAGCAAGCAGGAAGGCACCAAUGGGGAGGACAGGAACAAGUGUUGUCCCAUCUGUAACAUGACCUUUUCUUCUCCUGCUGUGGCCACAUCUCACUACCUGGGGAAGACUCAUGCCAAGAACUUGAAGCAACAGUCCCCUAAAGUGGAAGAAGUGGUGCCCCCACAGAAACAUCCCGCUACCCUCCCCACCUCUACUGUAUCCUCUAAUGAAGAGAACAAGGACAUUACAGACCCAGACAAGUUCUGUAGCCUCUGCCACGCUACUUUCAACAACCCCCUUAUGGCAAAACAACAUUAUGUAGGUAAGAAACACAGAAAGCAAGAAACCAAACACAAGCUGAUGGCACGCUAUGGCCGAACUCCUGACGCACCGACAUCGUCCUUCCUCGCUGGGAAGGGCUACCCCUGCAACACAUGUAACAUAGUACUGAACUCCAUAGAGCAGUACCAAGCUCACAUCAGUGGCUUCAAGCACAAGAAUCAGAUGCCGGGAGCGGUGCCGGUUGUGGGACCAUUCCCACCACAGCAGUAUGUCCGGGAAGAAACAACUGCUCCAGGAGGCUACAGUUACUUCAGCCAAGACUUCUAGAGCGAGUUGCAGCACCGUUCUUGGAGUUGUUGGUGGCCCAAGAACACACAUCCUUUGCCAGCCCACAAUGGUUUCAUUAUCCCUCUGGAUAAGCAAAGCCCUACUCUCCUGUAUGCACUCGUUGAGCAGAACAGGGACUGAAUCUGUCCAAAAAAGGAUCCAGCUGAAAGAGACUUGGUAGACAGCAAAUACUUCACUCCCUUAGAGUAGUUUUCAUUGUGUAAUUGCUUCCUGUAAAGGUGGGUGCAGUGUGAGAGGUGUGUAUCUGGUGUAAGGAGAGUCUGGCAACAGGCUGGUAACAUCUACCUCCUCCCUCACCAGAGCAAAUAGUGGAUUUCUGCACCUGGAGGCCAGCAGCCCGUGCUUAGAGGUGUCUUUAGCUGGAGGAGAUCUCCUAAUCCAUAGCAAGCAGCAUUUAUGCAGUGUGAAUGGGACGCCGUGUGGGUUGCCUGGCUUUUUACAGAACUAACAUAGGAAAUGGCAGCAUGGCACCUCUUGUGGUGAUUCCCCUGGGCAGGUUUGUGUGCAGAAUUCCUUGAGCCGCUGGUUGCUGUCAGAGCCUUUCUCAGUGCUGCAGUUGAGGAGCUGUGUCGUUUGGUGUCUAACAAGUAGUCGUGGUUUUAUGGUGUACAUACAGUGCUGCUGGUGGGAGCGUUGGGCUGAUGGAGGACUUGGAGCUCGUGGCUCUCCAGGCAGCUCAGCCCUUCACUCUGAGCAUUGCCACGUGGGAGGAAGAAACAGUUUAGCCUGGUUUCCUAUGGAAACAGGUGUAUGUGAUCAUUCACUGUGUGUGUCUUUACCCUUCAUAACUUCAACCAGUCUCAGCCAAACUUGGCAGUGGUGGAAAUCUCCGAGACCUGAAUGCAGUCAGCAGAGGAAGGUGAGCAGGAAGGGUCCAUCUCGGGUUCUGUCAGUCUGUGUGUAAGUGCAGCGUUUUCCCUCCUGCCAGCAAAAUGCUGAUAGAGGAGGAGAGUUUUAAAGGGAAACAAGAAUAGAGAUGAGUUUAGAAAUAACAGGAUAGUGCAGUGUAGGUUGGUUGAAUUGUUUGCUGGCUGGAAACCUCCAAGUCUUACUUAGUCCUUCAUUAGGCACUACUUGCCCAACCCCUCUCCUCAAAGUUCUUACACAUUUGUACCAUCACGGAGAUGUUCUGUCUUUCAAAACCAGAAAUUAAGACAGAUGGUCUCUUCGUGGUGUUAAUGCACUGGGUCUGUUCAAAGAGCUCCCAGAAGGAAGGGGGGGAUCUGAGGCUGUUGUGCAUUUAGGAGGAGUCCUUCAGAUGUUCCGCCCUUGAGCGAGGGCAGUGCUGUUCUUUGCUGGGCCACCGCAGGGGCCGUGUUGUCGGGCUGGCCUUGUGCUCAGCGCCACUGCUCCAUGUUGGGCACCACAUGGCUUUGUCCCUGUCCCAGCUGUGGAGCUGGAGGACGAGGACCUGCCUGGCUGACAGGAGUGGAGGUGAUGGACGUGCAGAGCAGAGCUGCUGCCUCCCACUGCUGCAGCAGCUGCUGGAGGGCACUGUGGGGCCCUGCACUGCCGGUGCUGCGUUCCAGGCUGAGCAGCUGCCGCCUUUGCGAGGCUGAGAGCCAGGCUGGGGGGGCACCUCCAAAACCCUGCGGGUGCUGAUCAGGUUAAGCAAUGGGAGAGAGCUGGUUGCUGAUCUCUGCACUUGGAGUGAGUGCCUUCCUCCCCCUACCCCCAGCUCAAGGUUGUGCACAAGCUUUGUUUGCCUUCACCCUGUACAGGAUCUGCCAUCUCCCCUUAGGACAGGCUACUGCUGGGCUGGGUUCGCCUUUCUGAUGUUUUCCAGUCUUGUUCUACGUCUGAGGGCUGACCUCAGCCUCCUGCUUGAGAGGGAGUCCUGUUAAACCAAGCGAGCUGAUCAACCAGCAGAAAAUUGCAGUGAAGUAAAGGCAGCAUUGUGUGCCUGGUGCUGCUGGAUGGCCUCCAGCUCCCAUCUCCACUGCUUCGCUCUCGUCUCGCUGCACGAGGGCAGGUGUCUGCUAGAUGUGCAUUGACACCAGGAGGGAUCCAUUUCCAGCACUGCCCAGUCUGGUGUGUCACUCCACUGUGUACCGACAGUUCUGCCUUCCUCUGUACAUGAUGUUUAUGUAUCUGCUGUUUCCCUAAGGUGAAGCUCUCCGAAUAGAGUGUUUAUUACUA